AUGGCGGAAACGACCCUUGACAUUGAGGGGACUCCGGGGAGGAGGUCAACGGGAGACGAGGAAGAGGCGGCUACCCUGGAUAUCCAUGGUGUGGGAAUGAAAAUCCAAAGGGCUGAGGAAGCUUACAAGACAUAUGCAAGGGUGCUAGAGAAGCCAACUAAGGGUGAAGUUUUGGGUUGGUAUUUUUAUGAGUUAUGCUCAUAUUUCAUCCUCACAGUUCUCAUUCCGAUCUUGUUCCCUCUCAUCAUCAGCCAAACGAUCAAAGCGUCGCCGGAAUCGGUACGCGUGGAGGAGAGAGAUAAGGGUUUGUAUUGUGAUCAAAAGGAAAUUUUACUGUAUGCAGGACUCGCCCAACGGUCAAUAAAGCUCAACAAUUUAAACAUCUCUCCAUUAGAGUGGACUUCAAUUUCUUGGGUGGCAGGACUAAUUGUUGCAGCCCCAAUACUUGGCACCAUCUCACUCCACCUUGACUAUGGCCACGGACAACAACUCAUCGCCGCAGCCGCCACCGCCAUCGGAGCACUCUUCUGCCUCCCGACCGGAUUCUUCAGAACCAGAUGGAUCUUCCCACUAUACAUCGCCGCCAUAGUCGCAGCCAACACCAUCGGAACAGCCUCCCAUGCCCGCCAUCUCGGCCUCAUGAUUCGCGGCUUCAUCGGCUCCACCAUCCGUAAGAGCCAACUUCCCGAUAGAAGGGCGGUGGCUGGGUGGCUCUCACUUUACGCAACCGCCUCCGGUUUCCUAGGCUCCACCAUUUUCGCCGCCUUCACCUACCACAUGCUCAGAAAGAAUGAUAGUUUCACUGGCCUCUGGGUUGUCUCAAUUUUCAGUGGCCUCAUGUGGUUUUCUGGUGUAGUCCAUGUUCUCAGUGCUAAUAGACCCGGUGGAAGUGCCAUUUCUCCGGCGAAUUCUAUCCCAAAAAGCCAUGUGAUUUCCAUUUUUCGAUACCCACAUGCCGCCGGAAGUCUCGCCGGAGUUUUCCUCUCUUCCUUCACAAACAUGUCCAUAUUCACCGGAGCUGUGCUUCAUUCAGUAGGAGACCUUUGCAUCAAACCAAAGAACUUACUAUACCUAUGGCUGACAUAUUUUCUCUCUCCUCUCCUCUCUCUGCCACUUCUACACCCACUUCAGGAGCUAAUCAGAGCAGACGCAGUUAAAAUGCAACUACUAGGGCUCUUCCUAUCCACCCUCACUUCAGGGUUUGGAUACUACUUCCGCCAUGAAAACUGGCACAACCGCCACCUCCUCCUCUUCGCCGCCGUCCAAAGCACGGCCACCGGACUCUCUCAUGCUUUCGGAAGAGUUCUACUCUUGGAUUGUUCGCCAGCCGGAAAAGAAGGUGCCUUCUCUGCGUGGUUUUCAUGGGUGAGAGCUGUGGGAACUUGUGUUGGUUUUGCGGUUGCGUCGCCUGGUUCAACUGGGUACAUUAACAGGUCUUUUGGGGUUGCUUUUUGCACUGCCAUUGUUGGGAUUCUUGUUCUUAUCUUUGGAAAUAUUAGUAACUUUGGAGGGGCCCUGGCUGCUGGGCAUGUGAGAGAAAAUAGCGAGAUGGGUUCGCCGGCGCGUGGGUUGGAUGACGUGGUUGAGGUGAAGGAACCAGAGAUUGUUGGGAAACCUCAUGAAGAAGAGACAGAAACUUAG